AUAAAAUUUUCGUUUUCAGAAAUUCUGCGGCAAAAAGGCAGAAGAUUUGGUGCAUAAAUAUUACGAAACUAGUGAAAAAUAAUUGUUAUCUUCAUUCUAAUUCGACAAAUUUGUACAUUCUCUUUUUCUGAGUACACUGCGCUGAGAAAGAAGCUUGCAACAUGCCUGUGGAUCAAAUUCAGUACUCUGAAAGGUAUAAUGAUGACGUCUAUGAGUACAGGCAUGUCAUCCUGCCACCCGACAUCGCCCGUCAGGUACCCAAAUCCCAUUUGAUGACGGAGACGGAAUGGCGUAACCUCGGUGUCCAGCAGAGUCCCGGCUGGCUUCACUUCAUGGUGCACAACCCUGAGCCCCAUGUCUUGCUGUUCAGGCGACCUAGGACCAACAUCCCGGCCCCCGUGAAUGGGCUUGAUAGUAAUACUACUUCUACCGUCAAAGUAUGAAAGUAUGGCUACUAGGUAAUUUUAAAUUGUGUUGUUGAUGAUAGAACAAAGGCUUGAUCUUGUAUCAUCAGAAUUAUAAUACUAUUGUAAUAAAUAUUUACAAAUACCCAUAGUACCUAUGGUACUUGUAAACAACACUUUUUUUACCUCUGUGUGAGUAGAUCAAGUUUUUACUAAAUGACCAUGCUGGAAAUAUGCAAAACCUUAUGUUCUGUCAUCAACUAACACUAAGAAACUAUACAGAUGUAUGUUAUGAUAUUUAAAUAAAUUAAUAUAGGUAGCCUUUCUGCAAUUCAUAUGAUAUAAACUAUAUUGUUUUCAAUAUUAUAUAAAAGACUAAUCAAAUAAUUAUUUAGUCUACACCCAAAUAAUUUUCCAAAUACUACAUUUGUUUAUUUAUAUGUUUAGGUAUUUGGUUUUGGUUUAUAGAAAUUAAUAUCUCGGUAAAACUAUGAUAGUUACUGUAAAGUACCCUAAUUUUAUGAUAGCACAUUGUAAUAAAACCAGUGACCUAGAUUAUACCUGAUAUAUAACUUAACUAUCAACCUAGAAAUUUACCUGCUUACAGGUAAUUUUUUAUCAACUUAUGUUUAUCUAUUGGCUAAUUAGCACACUGCAUACUUGAAAAAUCAAGGUUAAUGUGAUAAUAUGAAUUUUGAUAUUAUAUUCAAUGGCAAAGGUAAAGAGUAAAUGCAUUUUUUAAGAGUAAUUAAAAAAUUAAAUACACUUUCAGUUUCCAAAAUUGUCUUCAAUAUAUAGAAGAUAACUACUUCAUCAUAAUAUUAAAAUAUGACAUCUACCUGUAUUUUUUGUUUGUGAUUAGAUAUUACUGGUAUUUGGGCGAUUUUUCAAAUUCCAUACCACUUUUAGCUGAAGAAUACAUUGACGUUUUGGCAGCUUUUGUGUCAUGUGAAACAUGUCUAACCUCUAUAUUUAUUACUCAGAUAAAAGAAAACUGGCGAUUGAAAAAUCGGCCCUAUUAUACGAGCCUUUUUCCCAAUUAUGUUGGGGUCGGCUUCCAGUCUAACCAGAUGUAGCUGAGUACCAGUGCUUAAAAAUCGGCUCUAAUAUGUAAGAAAAUCAAUACUCCAUAUAGAUGUGAAUAUGGUAUAUGGGUGUAUAAUUUAUUUUCAUGAUGGGUGAUACAUAAAUAAAAUUAUUAAUAUAUAGGCUGUUCCUAUUCCUGACUGAAGAAUUAUUUAUGUAAAAUUAAAUAAAUGUGCCUUUAAGCUAAUUGCUUAAAACAUUUAAUGAAUAUAUUUAGCUUAAAGAAUUGUGGCUUAUGAAUUUAUGCAUGUUCUAAAAAAACGGUUAUAUUUUUUAGAGAUAGGUCAUACCUGUAAUAACUGUCAAAAUUAAGUUUUUUUGAGGCUCAUAGAAAAAUUGCAGACAAAAUUAUAAGAUCAACUUAUUAAAAAAAGAAAUUAUUUUGGCAGUAACAUAAUUCAUUGGUUUAUAUUUCAAUAUGUUCAUCAGACUAAGUUAAAAUAGUCCUUUGCUGUUUUUUUAUAAAAAAUUCUGAUAAUAACCACAAGAUGAGAUGCCUUGCUUUGUAACAAAUUAUUUUAAAAUAAAAUGAUAAUAUUUCUGUAUGUUAUUAAUAGCUAUAUUAAUGGUGCAAAUUCAAUUGACUUAUAUAAGUUAGUGUAUUAAGUUUUUCUUUAAUUAUAAUGGUUGUUAACUACUUGAAUAAAGUUUUGUACACGC